AUGAAGCGCUCCGGCCGCAACGCAAAGAAGACAAGGGACCAGGGCGACUCGCGCACGACACAACGCGUUUCCAAGCGCGCGAAGAGGAGCGUGCAGACAGUCGAGGACUCGGACAACGAGAACGAGCCCACGGAGCCGCAGACCCCGGGCGAGCCCUCGUCUGUUUUGGAUGACCUACAAACCAUCCUGCGCUGCCCCGUGCGCCGCGCGCUCCGCUCUGGCCUCAACGAAACGACGACCAGGCAGGAGGCCGCCCAGCUCGUCGACCUGAUGCAGCGGGCGUCCCCCGCGGACACGCAGGGCCGCGUGGCGCUUUGCAACGUCCUUAUUGCUACCAAAACCACCGAUGUGGCGAGCAGCGUCAUCGAGGAGGGCGUGCUCGAGGCGCUGCACGAGUGGCUGCUCGAGUCGCAGAACCCGUUCAACGCCGCGGUCAUCGAGCGCGUCCUGCGGUGUCUCGCUACGCUGCCGUUGGACCAGGCGGAGCGGAAGCCGAGCGAGAAGCUGCGGGACACGUUGAAGGGCUUCGCGGAGAGCACCGAGAAGGACGCGGAGCCGCUCAGGGCCGCGGCGGAGGCCGCAGCCCGGUGCGUUGCCGCCGCUCUUACGGAGCCCGAGCCGCCGAAGCCCGAGCCGCGGUCCGCGCUCCCGACGGGGCGCGAGAUCGAGGAGAUCGUGCAGCACUCGCCACGGAAGAAGGCGCGCCCGGACCCGGCGCGGCCGAGCGCCCCCGCGCAGACAGGGCGCGGGUGGGCAGACGCGUUCACGUCGGCGGUGUUCGGGCGCCGCCGCCAGCAGGCGGUGAAGACGAGCCAGCGCGAGAAGGAGGAGGCCGAGAAGCGCGAGCGGGAGGAGCACGCGCGGCGCCUCAGCGAGAUGGCCGGGCGGUGCGACGGCGACGGCGGGGAGUGGACCGCGCCGCAGCUGUUGCCUGCAGCGGUGCAGCCGUUCGAAGGGGACGCGAAUCAGCCGGGUCUCGAGAGCGUGGCGUGCGGCCUGCGGCACAUGCAGGAGCGCAUCAACGCCCUGCGCGCCAGCAGCGCGUCGUGCCCGGAGGACCCCGCGCGGCCGCAGGGGGCGCCCGAGCAGGGCGAGGACGGCAAGGCGCACGACCCCGUUGAGCCCGCGCUGUGGGACCGGGCGCCCCCCGCGGGGCGUUCAGCCAACGUUUCGGUUAUACCCCCCUACCCCACUGACGUCAGGGAAAAGAGGCUGUUGGAGGAGAAGCAGCGGGAGGCGGAGCGGAAGGCGGAGGAGCUGCGCGCCAGCGUGAGGGCGGCGCGGGUCGAGCGCAUGAGGGCCAAGGUCCUGGCCCAGAAAGACGAGUGA